AUGGCGCCCAUUGCGAUAUCCCCCGAACGAGACGGGCAGUUGGACACGCUGGCGGAUCUGACUGCCAAGUUUGAGGACACCAUUCGCUUCUACCUCAACGGAACCAAAGUCGUUCUCGACGAAAUUGACCCUGAGAUCACAGUCCUAGAGUACCUGAGAGGCAUUGGACUGACAGGAACCAAGCUUGGCUGCGGCGAAGGUGGAUGCGGUGCUUGCACCAUUGUUGUGAGCCAGUACAACCCCACCACCAAGAAGAUCUAUCACGCGAGUGUGAAUGCCUGCCUAGCACCUCUUGUAAGUCUCGAUGGCAAACAUGUCGUCACCAUUGAGGGCAUUGGCAACACAAAGAGCCCGCAUCCCACACAAGAACGCGUCGCCAAAUCUCAUGGGAGCCAAUGCGGGUUCUGCACGCCCGGAAUUGUCAUGAGCCUGUAUGCCUUGCUACGAAACAAUUCGAACCCUACGCAGCAUGAGGUGGAAGAAGCCUUUGACGGUAACUUGUGUCGUUGCACGGGGUACAGAUCUAUUCUAGACGCAGCCAACACCUUCAGCGCCGAGAUGUCAUGCGGCAAGGCCACAACUAAUGGCGGCGGCGGUUGCUGCAUGGAAAAUGGAAGUGGCAAGCCUGCGGGGGGAUGCUGUAUGGACAAAAAGAACGAUGACCAGCCAAUCAAAAGAUUCACGCCUCCAGGAUUCAUCGAGUAUAAUCCGGAUACCGAACUCAUCUUCCCCCCUUCCCUGAAGAAGCAUGAGUUACGGCCUCUCGCUUUCGGCAACAAGAGGAAGAAGUGGUUUCGACCCGUCACACUGGAGCAGCUUCUCCAAAUCAAGAGUGUGCACCCACACGCCAAGAUUAUUGGAGGAAGUACCGAGACGCAGAUCGAAAUCAAGUUCAAAGCGUUACAAUACCCGGUAUCGGUUUACGUGGGCGACAUCGCCGAGCUGCGACAAUACGAGUUCAAGGAGGAUCAUCUCGAAAUUGGUGGCAACGUGACCCUGACUGACUUUGAGCAUAUCUGUGAAGACGCCAUCGAGCGAUAUGGACAUGAAAGAGCGCAAGUAUUCAAGGGUAUUCUGAAACAGUUAAAGUACUUUGCCGGCAGGCAGAUCAGAAAUGUCGGAACUCCUGCUGGAAAUCUAGUCACCGCUUCGCCCAUAUCUGAUUUGAAUCCGGCCUUGUGGGGUGCAAAUGCAGUCUUGGUGGCGAAGUCAUUGGCUAAAGAGACGGAGAUUCCGCUGUCACAGUUCUUCACAGGAUACCGAAGGACAGCGCUUGCUCAAGACGCCGUCAUCGCAUCACUAAGGAUUCCCGUUACCGCGGCCAAGGGAGAGUUCUACCGAACCUACAAGCAAGCGAAGAGAAAGGACGACGACAUUGCCAUUGUCACUGCGGCGCUGAGAGUCAAACUCGACGACGACGGCGUUGUUACUGACUGUAACCUCAUCUAUGGCGGCUUGGCUGCCAUGACUGUCUCGGCCAAGACUGCAUCAGAGUACCUGGUUGGGAAACGUCUUGCCGAGCUGGAGACGCUGGAGGGAACUAUGAGUGCCCUAGGGAACGAUUUUGAUCUUGAAUUCAGCGUUCCUGGAGGCAUGGCAUCAUAUCGAAAAGCGCUGGCUCUCGGCUUCUUCUACCGCUUCUAUCACGAUGCUCUCGCUAUCCUGAGCGGGCAAAGCGAGCACAUUGAUACGCAAGCCAUCGAUGAAAUAGAGCGAUCUAUAUCGUUUGGGCGAACCGAUUCAACCGCAGCGGCAGCUUACGAGAAAGAGGUCACUGGCAAAUCGAACAUCCAUCUUGCCGCACUGAAACAGACGACUGGUGAAGCACAGUACACGGACGAUAUCCCGCCCAUGAAGAAUGAGUUGUAUGGAUGCUGGGUUCUGUCAACCCGAGCACAUGCCAAGAUCCUCUCUAUCGAUUAUUCUACUGCUCUCGACAUGCCUGGCGUGGUUGAUUAUGUGGACAGGCAAGAUGUGCCGUCGGCCUCUGCUAAUCGGUUUGGCGCACCUAAUUUCGAUGAGCUUUUCUUUGCCGAAGGCGAAGUACGCACAGCCGGUCAACCCAUUGCCAUGAUCCUCGCUACUUCGGCGUCCAAAGCCCAAGAAGCAGCCAGAGCUGUCAAGAUAGAAUACGAAGAUUUACCAGCCAUCUUGACAAUCGAGGAGGCCAUCCAGAACGACAGCUUUCACCCAUUCUACCGCGAGAUUAAGACGGGCGACGUGGAAGAAGCUUUCAAGAAUUGUGAUUAUGUCUUUACAGGCACUUCGCGGAUGGGUGGCCAAGAGCACUUUUAUUUGGAAACCAAUGCAACUCUGGUCGUUCCUAGUCCAGAAGAUGGAGCAAUGGAGGUUUUCUCUAGCACGCAGAAUCCAAAUGAGGCGCAAGCAUUCGCUGCUCGUAUCUGCGAUGUACCAGCUAACAAAGUUGUCGUCCGUGUAAAGAGACUAGGAGGCGGCUUUGGUGGCAAAGAGACUCGAUCUAUCCCUCUCAGCUGCGCCGUAGCUCUCGCUGCCAAGAAGACCAAGAGACCAGUCCGCUGCAUGCUGACUCGAGAAGAAGACAUGAUCACCAUGGGCCAAAGGCACCCUUUCUUGGGCAAAUACAAGAUAGGUUUCAACAAGGAUGGAAAGAUUCAGGCGCUUGAUGUCGACAUCUUCAACAACGGCGGAUGGACCUUUGAUCUCAGCGCUGCAGUACUUGAGCGAGCAAUGGCACACGUCGACGGGUGCUACCGCAUUCCUAAUGCCUUUGUUAGAGGCCGCAUUUGCAAAACAAACACCGUUUCCAAUACGGCGUUCCGCGGCUUCGGUGGGCCUCAGGGCAUGUUCAUCAUGGAAACCUGCAUGGAGGAGUGCGCGGACCGUUUGGGCAUUCCCAUUGACCGCCUGCGGGAAAUCAACUUUUACGAGCCUCUUGGCCUGACGCACUUUAACCAGGCUGUUACAGAUUGGCAUGUCCCGCUCAUGUACAAGCAGGUUCAGGAAGAAAACAACUAUGCAGAGCGCAAAGCGGCCGUUGUCAAAUUCAAUGAGAGCCAUAAAUGGCGUAAGAGGGGAAUGGCUCUGAUUCCCACCAAGUUUGGAAUUUCUUUCACGGCCCUUUUCCUCAACCAGGCGGGAGCCCUGGUACACAUUUAUCACGAUGGUUCCGUCCUGGUGGCUCAUGGAGGCACUGAAAUGGGCCAAGGACUUCACACCAAGAUGACUCAGAUUGCUGCACAAGCUCUACAGGUUCCUCUGGACAAUGUCCACAUCUCAGAAACGGCCACCAACACGGUUGCCAAUGCUUCUUCAACAGCUGCAUCAGCUUCUUCCGACUUGAACGGAUAUGCCAUUUUCAACGCGUGCAAGCAACUCAAUGAGCGACUCGCCCCUUACAGAGAGAAACUCGGUCCGGAGGCCACGAUGAAAGACCUGGCUCAUGCCGCCUACUUCGACCGCGUCAACCUGUCUGCUCAGGGCUUCUACAAGACACCAGAGAUUGGGUACACAUGGGGCGAGAACAAGGGCAAGCUGUUCUUCUACUUUACGCAAGGAGUGGCGCUCUCCGAGGUAGAAAUCGACGUGCUGACCGGCACGUGGACCUGCCUCCGCGCAGAUAUCAAGAUGGAUGUUGGCCACUCCAUCAACCCGGCCAUCGACUACGGCCAGAUCCAGGGCGCCUUCAUGCAAGGACUCGGGCUCUUCACCAUGGAAGAGUCCCUGUGGCUAAGGAACGGCGCCAUGGCCGGCAAUCUCUUCACGCGCGGGCCCGGGGCGUACAAGAUCCCCGGCUUCCGCGACAUUCCCCAGGAGUUCAACGUCACGCUGCUCAAGGACGUCGAGUGGAAGGAUUUGCGGACGAUCCAGCGCAGCAGAGGCGUGGGCGAGCCUCCGCUAUUCAUGGGUAGUUCAGUGUUCUUUGCUAUUCGAGAUGCGCUCAAGGCUGCGCGGAAAGACGCCGGCAUUGAGGCGAAAGUUGGAGGAGGAGGAGAUCAUGGCGAAGAUGGGCUGCUGAGGCUGGAGAGUCCCGCUACGCCGGAGAGGAUCAGAUUGAUGUGCGAGGAUGAGAUUAUGAGAAAGGCUCGUGUGGCUCCCAAGGAAGGAGAGAAGAGCUUCUUUGUGGCGAUAUGA